UUGAUAUUUGUGGGGGAGAGGGCACUCAGGAACUUAGGCUUUAAUGUAGAUACUUCAAACAAAAUUAUGGAGCCUCCAAGUCGGAAUAUGAAGACAACACCAUUAUUAUCUUUAGGAAGAUUUCACAUUUCUGAAGACUAUGGCUUCCUUCUUCCAAAUCCUCUGAAAGAACUUCCAGAUCAUUUCAGGCCUUGGAUGGAAAUCGCCAAUGAACUCCCUCAUUUGAUUCAGAGUCAGCAGCUUCAAGCUCGAGUAAAUAAGAUGCCCCUCUUGAACUGCCAGUUCCUCCAGAGUUACCGGGAACAGCGCCUGGCCCACUUGGUUCUGAGCUUAAUGACCAUGGGCUACGUCUGGCAAAGAGGAGAGACACAGCCCCAAAAGGUUCUGCCAAGAAACCUUGCCCUUCCCCUUGUCGAAGUCUCCAGAAACUUGGGGCUCCCUCCGAUCCUGGUCCACUCAGACCUGGUACUGACAAACUGGACCCCUAGGAAUCCAGAAAGACCCAUGGAAAUUGGGAACUUGGACAUCAUUGUCUCAUUUCCUGGGGGAGACAGCCUGCGUGGCUUUAUACUGGUGACUGUUUUGGUGGAGAAAGCAGCAGUACCUGGGAUUAAGGCACUCGUUCAGGGAGUGAAUGCCAUCUUGCAGCACAGCCAGAACUCCCUGCUCCAAGCCCUGCAGCAACUGAGACUCUCCAUUCAGGAUAUCACCAGAACCUUAGGACAAAUGCAUGAUUAUGUUGAUCCAGACAUAUUUUAUGCAGUCAUCCGGAUCUUUCUCUCUGGAUGGAAGGAUAACCCAGCAAUGCCUGUGGGGCUGAUCUACGAAGGAGUCUCCACAGCGCCCCUGCAGUACACCGGGGGGAGUGCAGCUCAGAGCACAGUGCUUCACGCCUUUGAUGAGUUCUUAGGCAUUCGCCAUAGCAAGGAAAGUGCUGACUUUCUGCAUAGGAUGAGGGAGUACAUGCCUCCUUCCCAUAAAGCCUUUAUAGAAGAAAUCCACUCAAGCCCGUCACUGAGAGACCACAUCUUGUCCUCUGCAAAUGGCCAGCUUCGGACAGCCUAUAACCAGUGUGUGGAAGCCCUGGCAGACCUGCGCAGCUACCACAUAGCUGUGGUAACCAAAUACCUCAUCACAGCAGCCACCAAAGCAAAGGGCAGGCCAAACCGUCUCCCUGGGCCAUCUCAAGCCUUAGAAGAGAGGGGCACAGGUGGGACUGUAGUCCUGAGCUUCCUGAAGAGUGUCAGGGACAAGACCUUAGAGGCAGUUCUCCACCAAAGUGACUAAGAAACUGCCCUCUGCCCAACAAGGCAAACCCAGCAAACAUGGGUUUUCCUCUAUCCUCUCCCCCACUGGAGGGCAUGUAAGCCCGGCGAAUAAGAAUGUCUGGAAUAAUCUGAAAGGGACCUCAGCCUUAGUUAUGCUCCUGCCCUACAGAACACCAUCUCCUCCUUUGUUGAGAGCUGUUCCCUUCACAGAGAAGAAUUUUCAUGGCCAGAAACUUUCCUUUCCCUACCUGAUUACCGGUUAACAGCGAAAAGCUUUGGGACACUUCCUCAUUUAAAACUCCACGGUGGAGUGCGCGUACCCCUGUUCUGUUUGCAAAGUGAUAGAAAAAUCAGUCUAAAUUUCAAAAACCAAAUAAAAUCUGCCUGUAGACAGA